ACCACCUAAAGUCGACAACUUUUUUCGAGCCCUUAACCCCUAAACUGAAAGUCUCGGUGAUACCGAGUUUGACAGUUUGUACGGACAGAAACUAAGGAAGAGAAGAGAAGAGAAGAAGAAAAACAGAAAGGAGCCAUAAGUGACAAAAAUGCAGAUUCUCGUAAGAAAACUACUGCAGAGAAUCUCGUUCAAACAAGCUACAGGUUGCCGUGCCUAUUGUACAAAGAAGGUUGUUGAUAUUGGACAGCCAACUCCUACAUCUCAUCCACAGUUGCUAAAAGAAGGAGAGAUCACUCCCGGAAUAACCAGUGAGGAAUACAUCUCAAGGAGAAAAAGGUUGUUGGAUCUUCUCCCAGAGAAGAGUGUGGCCAUCAUUGCGGCUGCCCCUGUAAAGAUGAUGACAGAUGUUGUGCCUUACACAUUUCGACAAGACGCUGAUUAUUCCUAUAUUACUGGCUGCCAACAGCCUGGUGGAGUGGCAGUUUUAAGUCAUGAAUAUGGUUUAUGCAUGUUCAUGCCAGAAGCAGACCCUCAUGAUGUUAUUUGGCAAGGGGAAAUUGCAGGAGUCGAAGCAGCAUUGAAGACAUUUAAGGCUGAGAAUGCAUAUCCAAUGAGAAAAUUACCUGAGAUUCUUCCAGAUAUAAUUAGGAGAUCGUCCAAGUUGUUCCACAAUGAGCAGACAGCCACACCAACAUAUAUGAAAUUGGAGCCCUUUCAAAAGGCAGCUAACAAUGGCAAAGUGGAAGACCUCUCUAGUUUCACCCAUGAGUUACGUUGGAUAAAAUCACCUGCAGAACUAAUGUUAAUGAGAGAAUCAGCGUCAAUUGCUUGCCAGGCUCUUCUGCAGACAAUGUUCCAUUCAAAGACAUAUCCUUAUGAGGCUGCACUAUCGGCUAAAGUUGAAUAUGAAAGCAGAAUGAGAGGUGCUCAGAGAAUGGCGUUCAACCCUGUAGUUGGUGGUGGGCCUAAUGCUAGUGUUAUACAUUACUCUCGAAAUGAUCAGAGGAUUAAAGAAGGCGAGCUUGUUUUGAUGGAUGUUGGAUGUGAAUUGCAUGGUUAUGCCAGUGAUCUUACUCGUACCUGGCCACCCUGUGGUAGCUUUUCUUCUGCUCAAGAUGAGCUUUAUGAUCUUAUAAUGCAAACAAGUAAGGAAUGUAUGAAGCUUUGCAAACCUGGUGCUACCAUACGGCAAAUACACAAUUAUUCUGUCGAAAUGCUGCGCAAAGGACUCAAGGAGAUUGGAAUUUUGAAAGAUGAAGGAAGCAGAUCCUACCAUCAGCUGAACCCAACUUCUAUAGGUCAUUAUCUGGGAAUGGAUGUCCAUGAUUGUUCUAAGAUCAACUACUGCCGACCUUUGAAGCCAGGUGUUGUGAUAACAAUUGAACCCGGAAUCUACAUCCCAUCUUUUUUCGAUGGUCCAGAGAGCUAUCGAGGCAUUGGGAUAAGGAUUGAGGAUGAGGUCCUUAUUACAGAGACUGGCUAUGAGGUCCUUACCGCAUCAAUGCCGAAAGAAGUUAAACACAUCGAAUCAUUGCUGAACAACUUCUGUCAUGGAUUGGGGAUAGAGAACCAUAACAACCUCAGAGCUGCAUCCAGUCGAUAAUCAUGUUGUUAAUUCAAGAGCCAAGAAUGUCAUUGACCGGCAGAGGAAAUCGAUGUUAACGUUUUUUCCGACGAAUUGGUUUCAUUUGGAAAGCUAGGUGGGGUGACAGAUUAUCCUCAUCGAGAUUUUCCUUGACAAAUUAUGCAUCAAUUGGGUUUAACAUGUAGUCUUAUUCUUGUGUAACAAAUUUUCAAGCUAUUUUACCCAUUAACGCUUUGAUUCAUCAUAGAUGAAAAAAAAAGGGGUAUGGUACAAUGUCAGUCCUUUAUUUUCUCCAUCCAGAGAGCCUGUAUAUUUUCUUACAUUUAUCCAUUCUAGGUACAAGUAGUAAGAAUUUUUGUGGCAAGAGAGAAAACAUCCCUACAAUCUUGUUUU